AUGCCCCUACCUGGCGAAAACAUCCCAAUGCCACAGAAGCGAGCAAAGAAGCCCACCACAAAAAAAGGCAGUGUAGCCACUCAGCGAUUCGCAGCCCUGCAAGCAAAAGAAGAUGAAGCGGCCCGAAAGGCCAUCGCGGCGUUGAAUCGACCUGCCCCUGACCAGCCCGUCGAACAACCUGUAGAUCCCAACGCAUAUGUAUAUGAUGCCUUGACUAGGGAUGAUGGUAAUGAUCCAGCUCGUUCUAGUGAUGGCGAAGGAAACGAAAAUCCGGUCAAUCGAGCCGAGUACUAUAGAAGCACUACAUAUCAAGAACGCGCACUUAGAGAAGAGGCUCACUGGGCAGCAGUUCUACCCAAGGUGUUCCCGGCUUUUAUGAUCUGUAGCCGACAAACGUAUCAAUGGUGUGAUCGCGUAUCGUGGAAUCAAGACUGGAAUCGUGACUGUAGAUGCAAAGACUGGCAACGACGAACAGUCGAAGUAGACACAAUUGAUUUGACAAUUCGGCUCGGAUACAUGGGUUCCAAACCAAUUCUUCCACGUACAGCAUUCUCUAUUCGAUUGCUUCGGUUCCACCAUACGUUAUGGAAGAAUUCAAGUGUUCGAAUUGCUGCCUUCACCGAGACAAUGGAUGAAUACCUAGAUCCUCGAAAUAGCUUGUUUCAGGUUCCGGGUACUGAUCAGACUCGACAUCUGCGCCGGUGUUUCUCAGCAGCAGUUGAUGCAUACCGAGAAAUGCUGCGCAUGGAGGAGGAAAUGGUGUCAUCAGCACUGCGUUUAACACCUAUGGACGAAUUAGCCGCGAAGUGCCCUAGCUGUCUUGGUCCUAACGUUCCUGGCAAGCGACCUGACGAACCAGACCCCAUCGCAUGUCUGGAUGCGAAUUUCCAGCAACGUCGACACCUGAUGGCAAGUGCUGCGUGGCGGGGUGAAUCUCGAGUUAUACCAUCAAUUUUCCUCUCGCCAGCCCAAGUUCUAACUUGGAAAGUCAAGAUGGGACCUGUUAAUCAGCGAGUCAACACUUCUUGA